UCAUCUCCUCUUUCAGGGAAUAUCUGGAGUGGUGCCAGCUUCCUCAGCCCUGAAGUCAUGGCCCUAGGUCUCCUGUGGCUGGGCCUUGUCCUGCUAGGGGCCCUGCAGACCCAGGCCCAGGAUUCCACCCCAAACCUGAUCCCAACCCCGCCUCUGCACAGGGUCCCUCUGCAACCUGACUUCCAAAAUGAGCUGUUCCAGGGGAAAUGGUACAUCUUGGGACUGGCAGGGAAGGAAAUUCAUAAAGAAAAACACAGCCAAUUGAAGAUGUACACCAUCACCUACGAGCUGAACGAAGACAACAGCUACAAUGUCACCUUUGUCCUGCCCUGGAUCCAGCGCUGUGACCACUGGAUCACAACUUUCAUCCCAAGUUUCCAGCCAGGCCAAUUCAACCUGGGCAACAUUGAGCGUUACCCUGGAAUCCAGAGUUACACUGUACAAGUCGUGGCCACAGACUACAACCAGGUUGCCAUGAUUUUCUUCAAGAAAGCUUACAAAAACCAGGAGUUCUUCAUGGUCACCCUCUAUGGGAGGACCAAGGAGCUGACCCAGGAGCUGAAGGAAAACUUCAUCAGCUUUGCCAAAGCCCUGGGCCUCACCGAUGACCACAUCAUCUUCCCAAUCCCCAACGAUGAGUGCAUAUAUAAGUGAGCAAGUGUGCGGUGCCCUCGGGCUCUCUCCACCCCAUCCCCCUCUCGCCAAUCUCUGCCCAGGGCACCGCCCAGCUGUCCCCACCAGCCUGGACCAGUGAGAGAGCCAGGGGACCCUUCUCACUGCACAGCUCACCAGCUGCUUCCCAGGCUGCCCUAUUCACAGAACCCCUCCUUGUUGCUAAUAAACACAUGCCCCCCA